AAAAAAGGGCCGAUUUCGAAACCUGGAGUCCCCGCGAAUUGCUUCACUGUUCCCCGGAACCCAAGCACACGACGACUCGACAAAUCCCGCCGCCCUUGUACUGUGACCGUCGCACUGUCGUCCGACCCAGUGACGCUCAGAUGGGCUUGCUGUUGGGCUGAACCACAUCCUCGGUUCCCGCCUUUUGACUCGGCCGCUCGCUGGAGCCGCUGUUGCCGUCAAAGUGGGGAGGAGAGUAGGAGGACAGGGACGAAAAGGAAACAAACAAAUCGAAGCCUGACCUGGCACCGUCGUUUGCGACGUGCGCUCGACGGCGCGACUCUUGAUCUCCCGAACCUCGUUCGCACCGCGCCGCAACCGCCGCCCGCCCACCCGUCCGCCCGCCCGCCAUGACGACUGCCGUAAAAAGAGCGUGCGACGCCUGCCACCGUCGCAAGGUCAAGUGCGACGGCAUCAACCCGUGCCGCAAUUGCUCCUCGGCCCAGUUGUCGUGCACGUACAAUGCGAUCCCACAAAAGAAGGGUCCCAAGGGCUCCAGGGCCAAGGUCAUCAGCGAGCUGCGUGAGACCCAGCGCCAGACCAGCCUCGCGACCAAGGUCCACAACCGCAUCCAUGGCGCAGUCUCGCCGCCCGCCAGCCCGACCCUAUCGCCCACCCCUGGCCUCUUGACCAAGGAGAUCGUGAAGGAGUGUGUCGACUUCUACUUCGGCAACAUGUACUCCAUCAUUCCCAUCCUGAAUCGGCAGCAGCUUGAGCGCGACACCACCUCCAUGGAGACCAACGUCGACAUCUACUGCCUGCUCACCUCGCUCUGCGCCUUCAUGAUGCUGCAGCCUGGAAUGUCGAUGCCUGGCGGUGACCCCUACGGGCUCGAUGUCAUGCCCGGCGCCAACAUAGUGACGGGAACCCUGCUCAUGGAGGAGACGAUUCGUGUCCGGAAGGCCUACGACCACAUCGAGUCACCAACCCCGAACAGCCUCUGCACCAGUUACUUUCUCUUUGCCUGCUACUAUGCCCUCGACCUACACGACAAGGCCUGGUUCCACCUGCGGGAGGCAACCACGGUCGCGCACAUGACUGGCAUGACCAAGGAGGACUCGUAUGUGGGCUACGACAACGCCAGCGCAUCAAGGCGGAGGCGGCUGUAUUGGCUGCUGUUCGUCACCGAGAGGGCCUACGCUCUGCAGCGCGGCCGGCCCCUGACUCUCCAGGCGUCCAUCAACCUCCCGACGACCGGAGACGACCCCAGCGACCAGUGUGCGCACCAGCUCGGCGGCUUUGUCCUGCUUGCCAAAAUGUUCCGCCCCUUUGACGACCAGUUUGUGAACCUGUGGAACAACACCAAGGAGUCCUGCUCUUCUUCAUACGUUGAUGGGCUCCAGAAGCAGUUCGCCGAUGCCCUGCCUGCGUAUCUCAAUGUGACAGAUCCGCGGCUCGGCGAUGUGCACACGAACCAGACCUGGCUCAAGAACAUCGUAUGGCAGCUGAGCAUGUCGCGCAUGAGUAGCAACGAGCAGGGCAUGGCGUCGAUGCGGUUUCCCAUCGACGUAUCCCAGGAGCUGCUUGCCAUGACGUCCGCCUUUUCGACGCGGAACAUGGAGCUCAUCAGCGGCGGAUUUGUCGAGAAGCUCUACGAGGUGGCCUCUUCGCUCACCGAGGUGCUUGCCCUCCAGCCAAACAGCGACCCAUUCGCCGUCUUCAACCCCCGUGACAGCUUACAGCAUAUUCUCAACCUGCUUGGUCUCGUCCGAAACGGCGAAUCGCGGUUCCUGCCUCUGCUCAUGUGCAAGAUGAACGACGUUCUUCCACGCCUCAUCAGCCCCAUGCUCCAGAAAGCCCCCGAAAUGGCUUGCAACAUCGACAUCUUCGAUGGGUUUGGCAAUGGUGGUCUCGGUAAUGUGUCAGCAAUGGCGCCAAUGGACGAGUAUGAAUCCAAGUUUGCCAUUCCCCGCGUUGAGGAGUUCAAGUCGGAGCCUGCUUCGUCGUCGGGUGGGAGUGCUGUGGACAUGAACUCGCCCUUUGUCAGCUCCCCGGUUGUGCUGUCCCCCAGCGUCGACUUUCCGAACGGGCUGUCUUCACAGGACUUCAAUUCCAUGACAGACAUGGUCAUGAGUCCAGUCGGUCCUGCGCCAGGCUCACACCUCAGCACCCCGGGAGGCAUCCCUGGGCAACAACCACUACCACAGUCUCGUCAGCAUCCGUCGCCAUUACAACACCAGUCGCCACAGCAGCACCAACACCAACACCAACAAUAUUCCCAGCAACAUCCCCCUCAUCAAGCUCAACACCAGCAGAGUAUAGCGGCAUUGCAGGGGGCCAACAACAGUAUAAAUACCCACUUCCAGAACAGCAUGCACUCGGGCAUGAGUCAAGCACCCAGGCAACAAGGACUGCGCGCCGGCAUAGACCACGGUUUCGGGGUUGGCCAGAUCAUGAAUAAUUCGCUUGGUCAGUUGGGCCAGACGAUGAUGACUGGCUCCCAGGGCAUGAUGAUGCGACAGCAGCCAGGACGAACAAACAGCUUUUCAAUCGCACAGGCCCCGCAUCUACGGACUGUUGGGGACUUCCAAGCUCUUCAACGCACCAACUCCGACAUGAGUGUUAUGACAUCCAUGUCAGGUAUGAGCGGUGGCGGUGGCGGCAUGAACGCAGAGAUUGACUUCAACACCCUGCCAGCCAGGUAACGACGCAGGUCGGUGCACCGCCACCCGGGAUCGUUGUUUCGGCCUAUAUACAUCUUGGAGAACCAGAAAAUCGCCCAACACCACUCUUUAACUACGAUCCCCUUUCUUGUCUCAAAAGACAAUACGUUUCCCUCCGCGAGGGACUUUAUACCCCACACAGCCACUUGUACUGUUUCGAGAUAUUAUAGCUUUCCUUUGUUCACUUCGUUUCUUGAGCCCUUCUCGGCGUAUUUCCUCUGUCAGUUGUUGGAUGUUUGGUAUUGAAUCAUGUGCGGAUAUCUGAUGCGUCACUUGGGUGGGCAGGAGUAUGCAGGAGAGGGUGGGUAAUGAGAGGGAGAUGAACUGGGACCCGGCGAAGACCGGUUUUGUUUACUAUAUCGAUAGCUGAUCUACUCCGCUAGCUUCACUGCAAAGUUCCACCCACAAACCCUCCC